GCUGCAGCAGUAAUAUAAGAUGGAGGAACCUCUGCACUCUGUCUUGCUGUCACAGUACCAAGAGAGGUGCCCUGGAGUGUGCAGAUUUAUGGUCUGCAUUAUGUCUGGAGCCCGUACCACGCCUGCUGUCUUCCUCCUCGGCUGUUGUGCGCUUGCGCUGGGCCUCGGCUCAGGCUCCCUGGAGCACCGCGAGGCCAAGCACUACAUUGCUGCAGUGUAUGAGCACCGGUCGGUCCUGAGCCCAAACCCUCUGGAGCUCACCAGCCGCCAACAGGCCCUGGAGCUCAUGAAGCAGAACCUCGACAUCUAUGAACAGCAAGUGAUGGCUGCAGCCCAGAAGGGUGUGCAGAUUAUAGUGUUCCCAGAAGAUGGCAUCCAUGGGUUCAACUUCACAAGAACAUCCAUUUACCCAUUCUUGGACUUCAUGCCGUCUCCCAGGCUGGUCAGGUGGAACCCCUGUCUGGAGCCCUUUCGGUUCAAUGACACGGAGGUCCUCCAGCGCCUGAGUUGUAUGGCCAUCAAGGGACAGAUGUUUUUGGUGGCCAAUCUUGGAACAAAACAGCCUUGCCUUCGCAGUGACCCCAGGUGCCCAGAUGACGGGAGAUACCAAUUUAAUACAGAUGUGGUGUUCAGCCACAAUGGAACCCUUGUUGCCCGUUACCGUAAGCACAAUCUGUACUUUGAGGCGGCUUUUGAUACCCCUGCUCAUGUGGACCUCGUCACCUUUGAUACCCCCUUUGCGGGCCAGUUUGGCAUGUUCACUUGCUUUGAUAUCCUGUUCUUUGAGCCCGCCAUCCAACUCCUCAGAGACUCCAAGGUGAAGCACAUUGUGUACCCCACGGCCUGGAUGAACCAGCUGCCGCUCUUGGCAGCCAUUGAAAUCCAGAAAGCAUUCGCCACUGCCUUUGGUGUCAGUGUUCUGGCAGCUAACAUCCACCACCCGACUCUGGGGAUGACUGGCAGUGGCAUCCACACCCCUCUAAAGUCCUUUUGGUACCAUGACAUGGACAACCCCGAAGGCCACCUUAUAAUUGCCCAGGUAGCCACAAACCCCCUGGGACUUGUUGGGAUAGAGAAUGUAACUAGUGAAACGGACCCAUCCCAUAGUAAGUUCUUAAAAAUCCUGGCCGGUGACCUGUCCUGUGAGAAGGAUGCCCAGGAAGUGCACUGUGAGGAGGCUGCCAAGUGGAACAUGAACGCACCACCUACUUUCCACUCAGAGAUGAUGUACGACAACUUCACCCUGGUGCCUGUCUGGGGAAAGGAGGGCUAUGUCCAGGCCUGCUCCAACGGUCUCUGUUGUCACUUACUCUACGAGAGGCCCACCCUGUCCGAAGAGCUGUACGCCCUGGGUGUCUUUGAUGGGCUCCACACGGUACACGGCACUUACUACAUUCAAGUCUGUGCCCUGGUCAAGUGUGGGGGCCUCGGCUUUGACACUUGUGGGCAGGAGAUCUCAGAGGCACAAGGCCUGUUUGACUUUCACCUGUGGGGGAACUUCAGCACUUCCUAUAUCUUUCCUCUGUUUCUCACCUCAGGGAUGACUCUGGAUACCCCUGACCAGCUCGGGUGGGAAAAUGACCACUAUUACUUGAGGAAGAGUGGACUGUCCUCUGGUCUGGUGACAGCAGCUCUCUAUGGGCGGUUGUAUGAGAGGGACUAGAAAAAGCGUGUCGUCAGUGGGGCGGGCUGUGCCAGCGUGCCUUUCCACAGCACCGUCUCUACCCAGACGGUGGAAAGGCACUUCCGUGGCGCAGGGUCCCACCCUCGGUCCCACCCUAGGAACUGUAAGAAGAUGGGAGAGGCAGUUCCUUCUUCCUUUCUACAUAAUGACAGACACUUUGUGGUAUUUUCUAUUCACACUCUUUCAAACCACACCUUCUUCCUACUACGCAAUUAGUUUUAAAUGCUAAAAUAACAAGUAGACAUAAGUUGCUACUUUACAAUCCCACAGAGCCCUGGUUGUUUUUUAUUUUUCUUUCCGUUUUCUUUCAUUGUUGAUCUAGUGACACAGUGUCCAUAUUCUCCAAGACUCAAACACUUUCUGUGGUAAAAAAAAAAACAAAAAAAAAACAAAAAAAAAAAACAAAAAACAGACUCUUGAAGCAAAAGCUGUGAAAAGGGCUGCCAUGAUGAAUCAUCCUAUUCUGGUCAACAGGGACUCUGUUCGGAUGCGGUGGCAAAGUCAGAGCUACCAGCAGUGGCAGAAAUGUAGCCCUAGAAACAGCCCUUCCAAACAGCAGGGAGGCGAAGCUUUCUCAUGUGCACCCUGCUGUUGUGGUGGCUGUGUGGGCAGGCUUGGAAUCUCUGCAGGAAGGCGGUGCUGUGGAAGUGGGGAGGGGAGACUGGGAAAUGUUGAGCAAGGCCAGGCUAGGAAAGCAUGAGUAAUAGAAUUAUUCCCUCCAAAGCGUCUCAUCCAGGGAUUCCAGAGACCUUAGCCAAUCGAUUUAGCUGUGCUCAACUGAGUUUGCACCCAAUAGGUCUCCCUCGCUCAGAGAGGCUGGGAGCUGCCUGGCCAGCCUGCUGCAGUCACAAACUCAGCUCAGCUCGUCACAGCAGGUGUUUUCUCAGGGCCCACAUAAGCACAGAGCAAGGACUGUGCACAGUAACUGAACACCAGAAGCUGAGAAGCUAUGGGUAGCAUGGUGAUGACAUUUAUAGGUCACUGAUGCUUUCUUUGCAACCAAUGUUUGAAAGCCAUUUAAAAAGUAUUUUACUUCUA